AUGCAACCACUUGCAAAAAGCUUAAGUCAACCACGUAAUCCAACGGAAUCAUUGACGAAUGCACCGGCUUAUAAAUGUGGUUGGCUUUAUAAAAGAGGUGAACAUAUAAAAACUUGGCGUCCACGUUAUUUUAUUCUUCGUCAUGAUGGUAACUUAUAUGGUUAUCGCAAGCCACCAGUUUUAAAUGAUACACAACAAGAAGAACCGCUUAAUAAUUUUCAAGUUAUUGAUUGUAGUGUUGUACGUCAAGAUAAAAUUAAACAAAAUGCAUUUGUUAUACAAUUUAAUCAAAUGAAAAUAGAACGAUUAUUUGCUGCUAGUAGUCAACAAGAUCGUGAAGAAUGGAUAACAGCUAUUGAAAUAAUUAAUCGACAAACAACACCACAUUUACAACAACAACAACAACAACCACAAACACCAACUACUAAUACUAAAAUGGUGACGAAUGAUGAUGCUGAUAAUACAGAAAAUGAAUAUCCUUUAAUGGACGAAGUAUUUGCACGAAGACCACAAAUAAAUGAUUUUGAAUAUUUAAAAAUUCUUGGUCGUGGUACAUUUGGAAAAGUUGUUUUAUGUCGAGAAAGAACAACACAACGAAUAUUUGCUAUGAAAAUGUUACGAAAAAGUCUUGUUAUAACAAAUAAUGAAAUUGUACAUACAAUGGAUGAAAAUAAAAUUCUUCGACGAAUUCGACAUCCAUUUAUUACGAAUUUAAUUUGUGCAUUCACAACAAGUGAUCGUCUUUGUCUUGUUAUGGAAUGUGUUAAUGGUGGUGAACUUUUUUUUCAUUUAAAUCAUGAAAAACGUUUUUCAGAAGAACGUACAAGAUUUUAUAUAGCUGAAAUAGCUUGUGUUAUUGGAUAUUUACAUAAAAGAAAAGUAAUUUAUCGUGAUGUUAAAUUGGAAAAUAUUUUACUCGAUCGUUUUGGUCAUAUUAAAUUAGUUGAUUUUGGUUUAUGUAAAACUAAUGUACCAUUUGGAGAAACAACAGUUACUUUUUGUGGUACACCACAAUAUAUUGCACCAGAGGUAUGGCACAGAAAAAAAAAAGAAGAAAUUAAUUUUAAUAUAAAGAAUUAA